AUGUUUGUUGAGUUGGCCAGGCCGUCCGAGGACGUGAUCAGUUGCAUCAAGUUUGCGCCUACGGGCAGGCAUCUACUGGCUUCGUCUCUGGAUGGAAACCUUAAUCUUUAUGGUACUUCAUCGGCCCAAAAAGUAGCAAACGUGUCACUGGGAGAGACCAGUGCGGCUCUGAGUGUUGAUUGGUUGGAUACCAUAGCAGUGGCUGGUUGUGUCGAUGGAAGAGUGAAAGUCGUGGACUUUGAAAGACAAACCGCGUCUUGUGUGGGCGAUCCGCACUCGCUAGGGGUCUCUUCUGUGACCACUGUGAACUCACGUGGACUUGUUGUUGCCGGAUCGUGGGAUAAAUCUAUGCAAUUGAUCGACUCGCGAUCUGGAGAAGCAGAAACGCAUCGUCUGGAGGCGAAAGUUUUUGCUCUAGACUCUAUAGACGACUGCAUUGUCGCCAGUAUGGGCGGAAAUACUGUCAAUAUCUACGAUGUGCGACAAAUGGCCACUCCGUUGAUAUCCAGACGAAACGAACUUAAGUACCAGGCGAGGAGCUUGAGCUGCAUGCCCAGCGGGAAGGGCUACGCUCUCGGGUCAGUCGAGGGAAGAAUAUCAGUCGAGUAUUUGGACCAGAGCGAUAAUUUCUGCUUUAAAUGUCAUCGGCAGGCGACUACUGAUGGAAAGGAUCUCGUGGACCCUGUCAAUGCUUUGGUAUUCCAUGGGACAAGUGGAAGUCUGAUUUCCGGGGGAAAAGACGGCUACGUGUGUUUAUGGGACGUUCACUCGAAGAAGCGAACGAAAAGAUAUGCGCGCUUUGACAGCUCUGUGGUUGCUCUGGAUUAUGCGCAUGCUGAAGGCAAGGAGUUGCUCGCAGUCGCUUGCAGUGAUGAUGAUUACAAAGUGAUGGAGGGUCCAGGCGAUAAAGCGCAUUCUGGCACUGUUACUGGAUCAAGACUAUAUAUUCGUGAGAUGGAAACCGAUGAGAGUCUUGGAAAGACGAGUUGA